AUGGCUGAGUCCAGGUCUUCGUGGUACAAUUCGAUGGCCGUCUCCACUUUGGGAAGUGGAAAUCUUCGGGACGCACUGAAAUUGCCACCCGGAGAGGAUAAGAAUGAGUGGCUCGCCGUCAAUAGUACGUUUUCGGAUAUUGCAAACGUGAAUCACUCAACUAUGUAUUUUUGGAUUACGAAAUAUCCUCAUUUCGAAACUGGGCAGAACUAUUCUGAAAGGAAAGAAAGGUAGCAGCGAGAAAGACUUUCGAAAUCGUUUAUGAAUGCACCGCGUCACAUUUCACCUGCAAUUUAAAGCAACAAAACGAUUAGCUCUGGUAGAAGCGCAAUACCACGUGAAAACCCGACCGCGAUCUUCUCCAAUUUUGCCGAAAACGUGAAUUUACCGCAGAGGGCGAUUUCCAUCCAUUGCAAAAAUAGUGAAUUAAUCAUUUCACUUUCAGUAAUUGAUCUGGUGAACCAAGUGCGAAUGGUGUUCGGAGUGCUGUGCGAAUCGGAGUGCACGGAUGGAAAGUGUCCUUCGAUGACGGCUCACGGCAGACAAUACACGUGGACGAACGACGGGACCGUGUACGUUCGGAUCAUUCCGUUCCCAAGCAAUCCGAAUGAGUGUUUCAGUCUGAACACGAGUGCGCCCCGGUACAUCGACUUGUCGCUCACUUCUUGCCAACUAAACAUCGACGACGAAAGUGUGUUCCCUUCGGAAAUAGGAAAACAGUUUCCGGCGGACUUCGAGGAACGGUGCCAGACGAUAAUGAGGAGACUCUUCCGAAUCUACGCCCACGUCUACUUUGCACACGUCAGCCAUUUCAAGGAAAUCAAAGCUCUUCCUCAUCUGAACACCUCCUUCAAACAAUUUGUUCUUUUCGCGAACCAAUUCAAACUUCUGCGAGAGGAGGAGACGGAGCCGUUGCGGGAAAUCAUUCAGAAUCUCGUCUCUUGCAGUUGA